CCUAGACGUAUCCCAUGUACUUCCGGUAGGGCUGAUAGGCGAGAGCCGAGGUCGUAGUGCACUGUCAGAUCACGACACCUCCGCCUCGACGGCCUCUGCAUCCUCGUCGGGCGACGGCGCUAGCACGGACUGGGAUCCGAGGCUGUUUACAUUCAUCCCCCAGCCAUCCGCACGUCAGCUCAACAGCUCCAGCCCUCCCCCACAACAACCUUCCCCGGCCGCCGCAUUCACCUUCUCUACGCGCCCAUCUGCCUUCCGCUGCCGUCGCAUCCCAUUGAGCCGCCAUGUCGGUCAAGUUCGACAAGGAAACCUUCCAUUCGACGGCCGCCGCCGUCGACGCGGCCUCCAAGGGCAACGACGACCUGAUGCACGAAAUCGGUCAGGCCAUCACCAAAGGCGGCGGUCCCAAUGGCUACCUUGCUGCCUACCUCAAGCAGCUGCAGAGCAACCCAUUGCGCACCAAGAUGCUCACCUCGGGUACCCUCUCCGGCCUGCAGGAGUUCCUCGCCUCAUGGAUUGCCCAUGACCGGAGCAAGUCGGGCCACUACUUCACCUCGCGUGUCCCCAAAAUGGCCAUCUAUGGUGCUCUGAUCAGUGCGCCCUUGGGCCACGUCCUGAUCAGCGCGCUCCAGAAAGUUUUCCAGGGCCGCAAGAGUCUGAAGGCGAAGGUCCUGCAGAUUCUUGCUAGCAACUUGAUCGUCGCGCCUAUUCAAAACAGCGUCUACCUGAUCUGCAUGGCCCUCAUCGCCGGCGCGCGCACUUUCCAUCAAGUCAAGGCUACCGUCAAGGCUGGUUUCUGGCCCGUCAUGAAGGUCAGCUGGGUCGUCUCGCCCCUAUCUCUGGCCUUUGCCCAGCAGUUCCUCCCGGAGACCACCUGGGUACCCUUCUUCAACAUUAUUGGUUUCAUCAUCGGCACAUACAUCAACGCCCACACCAAGAAGAAGCGAUUAGCCGCUCUCAGGCGAAAGCACUACGGCGAGGGUGGCGGAAGGACCUCUCGUCCCGGCUCGCGCCCCGGCUCAGUCAGUGGAAGGGCUGUUGACGAAUACGGUCGUCCCGAUGACCGCCCACGUUAUUAAUAAUCAGGGCUAGUGGUGGCGGCGCAAACAUGUCCGGAGUCCUGUUCGCUGUUCUACCCGCAUCGAUAGUGGCAAGCGCCUAUGUAUCGAGACAAGCCUAUUACCCGUUUUUGUUUAUGUGUUACGACAUCCUCGGGAGGAAGGAGAUUCGGCUAAUAGUCAGGCGCUUCAGCAUUUCGUGCGCAUCCAUUCUCACUCCUCUUAUGUGCUUUGUAUAUCCCAUCUGUUGUUUUUUGUUCUAUGAUUGGAGCCGCAUCUGGUGUUGCUGCAGGCUUCGUUAGCU